AUGAAUGGCACGGGAAAAGCAGGGACGCGUAUCGUCUUUUAUCCUGCAGAGAACAUCACCGACGCUGGCGCUCCAGAUCAAGCCUCCAGUGGCUCCCCCAUCUUUGACGCCUACAUUCUUGCAGGAUUGGAGACCGAAUCCUAUACUCCUAAGUUCAUGUACCAUGGCAACCAAUAUAUCGGGGUCAACACAACUUGGGAACCAAGUCUAUCAGAUAUGACUGGUCAGGUAAUUCGAGCCGUCAACGAGCAGUCUGGAUCCGUGACGACUAGCAAUCCCCUGUUCAAUCAAAUCCAUGAGAUUAUUGAUCGAUCAAUCCAAUCGAACAUGCAUUCUGUUCUCACUGAUUGUCCAACUCGAGAAAAACUCGGCUGGCUUGAACAAGACCAUUUUGUUUUCGAGCCCGUCGCUCGAGGCUACGACAUCCAGGCCUACGGCCACGACUUCGUUCGUACAAUGGCAGAUUCGCAAGCUCAAUGGGGACCAAAAGGCAUGAUUCCUGCUACAGCCCCUGAAUAUGUUGUCUUUGCGGGUCAAUGGGAGAUCUAUAGAAAUGACCCCAACUGGGGCAACACGAUGAUAUUAUUCCCACUUCAACUUUACCAAUAUUAUGGAGAAAAGGCAGUUUUGUCAAACUACUACCAGAUCAUGGUUGAGUACAUGGAAUAUCUCGCAACGCGUCAGAAAAGCACCAGUCUCCCGAUUAUCGACGAUGGCGGGCUGGCUGAUUGGGAAGGCAUUGACACUACAACCCCAACAGGGCUGACAAACACAUAUGCUUACCAGCAAGCUGCAAAUGCUAUGAAGAGAAUUGCCAAGAUUCUUCGCAAAUGCUCUGAUGCUCGCAAAUGGGCGAAGCUAGAGAAAGACAUCCAAGCUGCUUUCCAUAAAACAUGGUUCAACACUACUGGAAGCCCGCACUACUCAGCUAAUAGCCAAGGGUCAAAUGCUUUGGCAUUAGAUAUGGGAGCUGUACCAGCUGAACGUGAGCAUGAUGUCUUUGAGUCCUUCCUUGGCUCGCUGGAGGCGGCGAAUUGGCACUUCACCGUCGGCGAGGUUGGACUGCCUGCGCUCUUCAGGGUGUUGAUGGCACACAACCGUAAUGAUGUGCUUUACACACUCAUGAGCCAGACUACAAAGUCGAGUUACGGCUAUCAAAUCUCACAAGGCGCUACUAGUCUCUGGGAACACUGGGAUGGCAACAACGCGGGCGUCGGCUCCCUCAACCAUUUCAUGUACGGCUUUGGCGACAUGUGGCUUCAAAGACUGAGUGGACUGGCCCCAGCGGGUAUUUCGGUGUCAUGGGAUGUCAUCGACUACGCUCCCAUCAUUGUUGGCGACUUGACAAGCGCGAGCUCGAGCUACCGAACGCUGGCUGGUUACGCGAAUGCCAGUUGGACCCGUGCAGGCAAUCAUUUAACGUAUGAUAUUGUCGUCCCUGUUGGUGCAAAGGGGGUAGUCACACUUAGCGGGACUGGGAUCACAGAAAGCGGAGUAGAUAUCACGAGUGGUAAGUCCGGUAUCCUGAGUUAUCAGAUGACUAAAGACGUCACGACAAUUGAGGUUGGAUCUGGAAGUUAUAGUUUCUACAAUACUAUACAGUAA